AUGGUGUUCCUAAAGGUUACACCGCUAAGGGGAACCGUUGCGGCUCGAAAAAGAAAGAAAUUGAAACCCCGAUAUGUAGGGCCGUAUAAGAUUCAACGACGAGUCGGGACGGUGGCAUAUCAGCUGGAAUUGCCAACCAGUAUGUCUCGAAUUCACAAUGCCUUUCAUGUUUCAUUACUCAAGAAAUACCACCCAAAUCCCACUCACAUCUUACGCACUGAGGAUGUGGUGCUAGAUGAAACCCUCACCUACGAAGAACAACCAGGGCAGAUUUUGGAUCGAAAGGUGAAAGAAUUAAGGAAUAAACAGAUACCAUUGGUGAAGAUUUUAUGGAGAAAUCAUGAUAUGGAGGAAGCCACCUGGGAAGUGGAGGAAGAUAUGCAGAAGAAGUAUCCUUCUCUAUUUGCGAAUAAAGGUAUUAAUUUUGAGAACGAAAUUGUUCUAAGUGGGGAAGGUUAUAAGACCCCGGUUAGUCCUUAA